GGGACCGAGGAAUGAGUCGUAGUCGAUAUACGACGGCUCCUCCUCUUCAGUCAUACUGACUGGUCGCGUUCAGCCACACGAAGACACCGCAAAGCGCAGGAUGUUCAAGGUCUUGGACAGCUCAUGUUAGAGCUAAUAGAGUGGACGGCUACGGGUCCUAGUCGGCAAGGUUGAUAGUUCUACACAAGUAGAACCUUAUCUCUCUUACAAUUACGUCCUCUAAAUGUGAUUUCUAUCUAAUUUGUACUGUAUUCUAUCACUCGACUUCAUCAUGCCCUCCAAAGUCCGCUCCCCGCCUCAUCGCAUCUCGAUAUCUCCCCUCACACACUCCGCGUUCGCACCCUUCGGCACUGUGAUCGAGAAUCCUCUAACAUCGCCCUCUCCCGCGACUCUCCUACCUCAGUCUGUUCAUGCAAAUCAAGGCACUGCCAUAAAAUAUCUCGAUGUGACCAAUCUCAACAAUCACUACCCGCUGGCAGGAAGCAAGCGACCAGCAAAAGCAGUGAUAAACAUGUUCGUCUGCGCGCCGCGGCGACUACGUACGGCACCUGCAGCAUCUACGCCUACCGAGGACGAGCUUGACGGGUUCAGUUCGCCCUCACAAGGUGAGACGGUCCAGCUCUUUGACGUCUCGAUCCUCGAGCGGCAUCCGUACACGCCUCAGACCUUCAUCCCCAUGGGCCUGCCCACAAAGUCUACAUGCUCGUCCUCAUCUCUACACACAUACUAUCUCGUAAUCGUAGCUCCGACUCUACCUUCUCGCAGACAACGCUACUCCACCACUCUACCCAAACCCUACCCUUCUGCUGAGCCAGCUCACAAACCCACUCUCGUUGAACGCUUCAAACUCGGACGUCCCGCGCCCUUCACAAAUGACUCCCUUCCCCCACCGUCACCAGCCAUAGAUAUGGAACUCAAUCUAUCAGGUAACCCGAAAGGCCGAGGAAUGCCGGACCUGGGCAACAUCAAGGCGUUCAUUGCGAGGGGAAACCAGGCGGUGACGUAUGGGCCAGGUACGUGGCAUGCACCAAUGGUAGUGUUGGGGGACAAGAGUGUGGACUUUGUGGUGGUGCAGUAUGCAAACGGGAUUGCGAAUGAGGACUGUCAGGAAGUGGUGCUGGAGCGAGUCAAAGGGGCGAGCGAAGGGGCUGUUGUGGAGGUAGAUAUGAGGAGCCUGGAGAAGCUGAUGUCUGCGAGAGUAUACGAGAAUGGGAGGAUCAAUUCAAAGCUGUAGGAUAACGCUUAUUGGAAAUACUGCUUGGUCACAUUCGUCGGUCGUGACGUGUGUGAGCGAGGCAAAACCCGCGAACGAAAACAUACCAUAAUCCAGAGGAUCUCAGAUCAUGUGGUGAUGCUGAGUAUGUGUAUGAUCGGCGCAUUCAACGUAGAGCGCGUUAAGGGGUGUGCUUUAAGGCACACAAUGCUUUAACGUUUCUAAAGCAGGAGACCAAGUUGCACUACUGCGGCAGCAUCAUAGUGUAAUCCAAAGUACGUGAUUCUGCUCUACUACCGAACGAACUGACGGAAGUUCACGGCGGAUGGUCUGAUGCUACGCACCUGAUCCCUCUUAUAAGAUAAAUAGGGGUAUAUAAGAUGAUUAUUGACCCACUGGACAAAAGGCGCUACACUUUGCCUAAUCGGCUUAUAUGC